ACUGUCACUCGGUGUUGUGCAGCUCCUUCUCUCCCGGCGGCUUCACGGAGGAGAACAAGGAGCUCCCCUCGCUCCUCUGAACACAACAGCAGGUCUCGUGUCCGUGGAGCGCCUCUCCGCGGGAGGACAGGCCGGGACGCGCGUCAUGCUGGACGGCAUCAAGCUCGAGGAUCACCCGCUGCGAUCCGGACAGGCCGCGCUGGGAGUCAUGCUGGGCUCCGAGUGUCCCCACAGGUCGGUGUGUGAAGGAUGCCAGCGGCCCAUCUCUGACCGCUUCCUGAUGCGCGUCAACGACUCGUCGUGGCACGAGGAGUGUUUGCAGUGCACGGUGUGUCAGCAGCCCCUCACCACCAGCUGCUACUUCAGAGAGAGGAAGCUCUACUGCAAACACGACUACCAACAGUUGUUUGCGACCAAAUGCAGCGGCUGCAUGGAGAAGAUCGCCCCGACAGAGUUUGUGAUGCGGGCUCUGGAGUGUGUUUAUCACCUGAACUGCUUCUGCUGCUGCGUGUGCGAUCGCCAGCUCAGAAAGGGCGACGAGUUUGUCCUGAAGGAGGGUCAGCUGCUCUGCAAGAUCGACUACGAGAGGGAGAAAGACUUGCUCAGCUCUGUCAGUCCGGAUGACUCAGACUCAGAGAAAAGUGACGAUGAAGAGUUGGAUGUAAAACCAGAAAAAGGGAUUGGAAACCAGGGGAAGGGUGACGAUGGGAAGGAUCCAAGGAGACCCAAGAGACCACGAACAAUUCUGACCACUCAGCAGAGGCGGGCCUUUAAGGCGUCCUUUGAGGUGUCCUCCAAACCCUGCAGAAAGGUGAGGGAAACAUUGGCGGCAGAAACGGGACUCAGUGUUCGAGUGGUCCAAGUGUGGUUUCAGAACCAGAGAGCUAAGAUGAAGAAGUUGGCAAGAAGACAGCAGCAACAGCAAGAACAACAGAAUUCCCAAAGGCUCGGCCAAGAGGUGAUGUCUAACAGGAUGGAGGGGAUGAUGAACUCCUUCACGCCGCUGGCUCCGCCGCAGCAGCAGCUGGUCGCCAUGGAUCAGAACGGCUACAGCACAGACCCGUUCCAACAGGGGCUCACCCCCCCACAGAUGCCGGGGGACCACAUGAACCCAUAUGGUAAUGAUUCUGCAUUCCAUGACAUAGACAGUGACACGUCUUUAACCAGCCUCAGCGACUGCUUCAUGGCAUCGUCGGAAGUCAGCUCCAUGCAGGCCCGUGUGGGGAACCCAAUUGAUCGCCUCUACUCCAUGCAGAACUCUUACUUUGCAUCAUGAAAGGAGCGGGACUGAAAGCAUCAGCGCAGGAAAGAGAGAAAAAAUAAACUACCCAUUUCAAACUAAAGCACGACGGUCAGGAGGUUCGACUAAACUAUGGACAUGACGGAAGAAACACCCACUUUGCAGUAGCUCCCGGCUCUGUGCCGAAGCUUGCUCAAAGACUGUAAAACCACUUGGAGGAGAGAGAAGAAUCAAGGGGAGUUAAAUAUUAGAGAUUAUUCGGUAGAAUUGCAUAUUCAUCAUAGGAAGAGAUACUCUUUCCUUUGUUUACUUAAAGAAAAUGACUAGAUUCUGAAGCCACUAAUUACACACCCUCAAACCAAAUAACACCGUGAGUUUAUACAGUGCAUGAUCAAUUGUAAACUAAUACUUUUUGUAAGCCCUUCUCCCCCGCCGAUCCCCCCUGCCCCCAAUUAAGAUGUGGUGUUUGGACUGUUUCUUCUUCGCACUACAUGGACUUCCAUGUUCACUGUUAGCAUUUUGAUCACUUGCCAUAGAUUUUAGAUUAUGUGUUAAUAGUAAAUAGACGCAGCAUGUCUGCAGGAGUGACUGUACAUUUGUGUAUGAGCAUUUGUGAUAAACGAGGAAUGUCUUAGAAGGACGAGGAAAAGGAGAGAAAAGGUGCAGACAUAGGUGGACGAGUAGUGAACUGUAAAUAUUUCCCCCCCAGGCUAAUUGGAUGUGCAUGUUAAAAAUGGAAAGCAUUCUAUUUAUUUAACUAUAACAGGCUCUUGAAGGUACAUAUUAAAAGUGAAAAGCUUUAUUUAAAAAAGACCGUUUUGUUUUUGUUGAGCAGUUAGUGACGCAACUCAUCUGUAUACCAUUCUGAAUAUGAAGAUUAACCUUUUUUUGUUUCAGCCAAGCUGUAAAUGAGCAAAGUUGCUAUUUAUUUCGUACAGACCAUAAAACUUUUGUUGUCCGAUGUGCUUUCUCAAAAAAUGUUAAAAGUUGCUAAUUGACCAAAGUUGACUGGUUUUGAUGAAUAAACAAUGUCUUUCACCUGAUAACAUGAAAUAAAUACCAUCAGUGACCAUUUACGUGGUAAAACCUCCAGUCAAACUGUUGU